ACAUUCACCUCUGUUAUGAGUUCGGACCUCUGCACGCUGACCCAUGUGUGGUUAGAUAAACCAUCACAGAUCGAUCUCACCAACCAAGCCACUAAUCAAAGGUUGCCCUGGUUCUUGACAGGACGCCCCAAACUCGUAACCAAACCCACCAACAAGGAUAAUGACAGCAAGUGGAGGGAACACCACUGUCUGCGGGUUCCCCUGCAACCCACCCCUCACGUUCUCAACCUGUUUAUUUAUCAUCGUUGGGUUUGAAUGUUGAACUGCCUACCCAACAAUAGUGCAGAGUACUUUUACCGCAAGGGCUGUUGUACAGUAGUUCAAGAAAGUAGUUCACCACAUCUUCUCAAAGCAAUCCGGGAUGGACAACAAAAGCUCGCCUUCCCAGCGACAUCGCAGAAACAUGAAGAAAAGAACAUCUGUAAGCUCCCCAAGCACCAGUGGUUCAAGUGAAAGCCACCACUGCGGUGUAUUCUCGGUGAAUAUUACUGGAAUGCAUCGGGAGACUCCAUUGUCUCAAAAUGACUUAACAGGCAAGGAACGCUGUAUUCCCGAGCGAGUAUGUAUUUAUUUGUGGAUUGACCGCUUUGCUGAUGAACUUAAAAGUCAGUACCUUUAAAUAAAAUGCUAAAUUCAUUCUGAUCCUGAACCGCGAAGGUGGUUAAAUGCUAAACCAGAACACGCAAGAACCCGCAAAGCGAGAAAGACGCGAAUAGCAGAAUUGAAACUUUCACGUGUCUCCCCGAGAUAAAGCGGCCAACGAGGACGCGCCUGGUCUGGAGUCGUAUCCGAACAAUCUGUGCCUCCACAUAAUUCGCUCGUCGCGGAGCCAGAUACAGAUCAGUUUCUGCAGCACCAGAUGUGAGCGCCGCGUUUGUGGAGUCUACAUCACUGUUACCACUGGUGGAAGGAUGUUGUUUGCCCCCCUGAGAGACUCGGUGCCACUAAACGCCUCAGGGCUCGCAUCCGGACCGCCUGGUCUCCCGGGCGAGGCCAGGGCAGCUGAGGGCACGGCCGAAUCCACUCACUGCACUGCCUUCGGUAAAUCAGACAUCCAGAAACCUGCUCACUGAAACAUUCGGAGCGGUGCAUCAGAAGAAACUAAUCAACUCAGAAAAGGGGUUUUGGACUCGUUAGCUGGCAAUGCCUUCUCCUGAAUCCAAUACACACUGUAACAACGCGUGCUGGAGAUUCUGCCUUCUAUUUUGUUAGUUAUUGGCAUCCAGGUUUUUAACGUUAGCUUCUGUGCGCUUCGUUUUAUUGCAGCUUGCUUCAGUUGGAAAAGAUGGAAUAAGUCUGACCCAGCGACGGCACUGGGAGCCACAAGCGCUCGGCACUGAGGCAAGUUCCCCGGGAGGUCUGUCUGUCACGCUGCUGCUUUGUACAGAGCGAUGUCUGGUGCAAGAGGCAUUGUUCCCACUGUGAACAGUUGCGACGAAAAGCCGUUGAACACCGGGAAGGAGAAGGAUGAAGUGAAUGUGGUGGCGGUGGACUCCGACAUCGAAGACCAAAGUUACAAGCUUUCGGCAAAUUGCAGCAAAACUAACGGAUCGCCCAAGCAGGCAGCCGAGGAGCCGUGCGGGGUGGCCCCGGUGUUUGCUCACGCCAGAUUAGGCGGCUCACUUUGGAAUAAUGACAAUGCCGUGCUCUGGGGAAGGAAGCCGCCUGCAAUAAAUUCUAAUAAGACCCAUGUGCAUAGAAGUGACUCUCAGAGGCCAGGGAUGAUUGACAGGCUGCCAGGGACUUUGCAAAUUGUGCACAGCGAUCUGGCGCCUGCCUUGUCUCUCGAGCGCAGCAAAACUUCAGCAGGGGAUUACACCAGCGAAGCCGAAUGCAAUGCAUCCGACGCCGAGCUCCUAGCUCUCCAGGAGCGUGCUGGGGCGUUCGCGGCGUUCCCAGCUUUAGGGGCCAUCUCCAUGCCCCCAGGUUUCAUCAUCAUGACUGCCCUGCACUCUCCCACCGCCCUGGCGGCCGUGUCGGACGGCGCGCUGCACCUCGCCAGCCUGCCCGAGUGGCCGGUGCACCGGGUGGCGGUGGCCGGCGGCGGGCACCCCGCUAAGAAGAAGAGGAAGAGGUGCGGGCUUUGCGCGCCCUGCAGGAGGCUGAUCAAUUGUGGGGAGUGUAGCAGCUGCCGCAACCGCAAGACCGGCCAUCAGAUCUGCAAACUGCGGAAAUGUGAGGAGCUGAAGAAAAAGCCCGGCUCUUCACCAGAGAGGGUGAUUGUCCCCGGUGGCAGUGAAGCCUUCAGAUGGUUCUUCUGAGGAUAAUUGCAGAGCUCUUCAAGACCUCAUGAAACGUGAAUUGUCUCACGAGCAGAGAGCUUGUUCUGCAUGUGUUCCCGAUGCAAGGCACAAGUUCCAUGCCGAUGGUUCUUUUCUCAUUAUUGUAGUGGACGUUUUUUUCGAGCAUUUUUGGUUUUAUGUUAAAACUGUGUGCUGUUAUUAUUAGGGGUGAAUUUUACAAAAAUGCAGCUAGCAUUGUAUGAUGAAGAGAACUGGACAAUCACUAUACUAUAUUGAGCAUUUGUGGCCAGUGCUAUUGUUUAUAUAAAAAAAACUUGUUUUAAGAGAUGGGGAAUUAAGCAAUAACCUAUAGUGCAAUUGUACAGGUAAUGAGCAUGUUUUGUAGGGUAGUGAAGGAUAUAACAGUUUUGCUAAGAGUAGAUUCUUUUUUUUCCUGGGUCUAACAAAGGGUUUGUACUUAGUGUGCUACAGUUCAUGCUAUCAGAUGCUUCUCUAUGUUGACUGAAGAAGACAACAGGACCACUGCAGUGCUGUUUGACUUUCAAGAUUGGUGGAUGGACUGUAAAAUGACUGAAUAACAAAGGCAUGAAAGAAGAUGCAGGGAAAGGAGUGAUUCACUGUUUGCAAAGAAAUCCCCUUAUAUUUGGUUGUGUCAAAUAGGUACCAUCAAUGUGGAGACAUAUAUAUUUAGCAGUGUAUUUUCUUUCCUUAUCUAUUAAAGAUGCACUUUGGUGAGAAGCCUUUGUAGAACCUCUAUUUGAGCAUUGUGAUAUAAUGGAGAAUUGACCUUAUGAAGCACCCAGUAUAUUUGUCAUGUCAAAAGAAUGCAUCAAAUCAUUCACAUGGCCAAGUGUGUAAAUUUUGCCUCCAUUUAUAAGAUGGGAUAUUCCUUUAGAUUCCUUUAUGAUGAAGGAGCUUGUUUAAUCACAUUCUGUGAAAAUUAUUUAGUGAGGGCAGUUUAGUGGUUACUGCACAGACCUCUCAGCUCUGAAAUCUUGGGCACUGAUCCAGCUUCAAUGAAUGGUGAAAGCUUGUGUUCUCUCUCUCUCUCUCUCUCUCUCUUUCUCUCUCUCUUUCUCUACCAACAGUAUGCACCCUACACCCUAAAUGUGCAGUGAGUUUGAAUGCUGUCAACUUUCUCACUUCCUGCUAAGUGUAAGCCAUGAGAAAAAUUAUCCAUAAUUGGACACUAAGUUAGGAAUCUCACCUGGAGACCACUGACAUGGUUGGUGUAUGAAAGAAGACCUUUCCACCUGUUUGAGUUGGGGACAUUCUUCACGAAUGUUCACAGGAAGCGCAGUCCCUUUUAAGCUAUAGCACCUAACUGGGACAGAGUUAGUGGAAGCUUGCUGUGCACCUAGCUCCACAAGGACCCUUAUCGUUGCCUUCAAGUAAUAGAGGUUCAGUUUCCCCACUACAACAUCAACCACCUUAAAGUCAGCAUUAAUGUUCACCAAAGUCAAAAGGAAGCGACUUAGAUUUGCACAGAACAUUUCUUCUAUGGAACGUUAUGGAGGGGGUGGGGGGAGGUGCGGGGGAGGCAUGGACGAUCAUUUGAUUCUAUACAAAGGCUAAUUUACCCUCCUAGUUUUAUUUGUAAAACCUGCUCGAUUUAAAAUUGAAAUAAAUGACAAUAUGUAUUCAUUUGGAGAGCUGCCUAGUGAGGCUGAAGGUUUUGCUCUUAUUAACUGAUCAAAACACAACACAAAGCUGUAAAUCUGAAUUAAAAAUGAGUGCCGACACAGGGUCAACCCCUGAAGCGUUAACUUGUCUUUCUCUUCACAGGAUCACUGACAAAAUGGCUCUAUAUUUCUUGCAUUUCCUGUUUUUUUUAAUUUAUCAGUCUUUUUAUGUCAUGGUGUCUGGGGUCCUGCACAGUAACUGCCUGCAGAUGCACGUUUGCAGCCUAAGUUGCAUGCUAUAUCUGUACUUUCCUGACUUUUUUUGAAAUAAACUGGUAGCUAAAUUCAAUUGUUGCUAAAUGUGAAAUUAGUUGUCUGUUGUUGCCCGUACAGUCUGGGUCAAGAUGUUUGUGCGGCAUUGUUUUAUCAAACAAAAGCUAUUUUUGUAACUGAUUUUGUGAGUAGUUUUAACAUGCACCCAAAUAAAGUGUGAUACAAUGAU